GCUGCUGACGUUCAAAAGAAUCUGUGGUAACCACACAUAUUUUGAGUGUGAUGGAAUAAAAAUUGUAGUGUUAUUAAAAUGUUAUAAUGAAAUGCUGAGUCAUGUUUUCCUUUAAGUCAUCAGGCUCCAAUGCGUGUGAUUUCCUGGGAGUAGGUCUAUUACAAGUAAUCACAAUGGAAGUGUUUCAGGUUUUCUCACCCCUAAUUUAUUUUUUUUGAAAAUUUAUUUUUUUUCUGUGACGUGUGAUCAUUACUUUCAAAGCUGAAAAACAAAGCUGAUUGGCUGCAUCAUUCUCCACUUACCCUAGGCACGGCUUGUGGAAAAGACAAUAUUUUCUACUUUCAAGGAAGGCAUCGCGGGUUUACUACCGCAGAAGCCGACGAGCUCUAUUGUUUUUGAACUGAAGCCAAUAAGUCAUUUUUUAGCGAAUCAGCGCGCUGUAUUCAGGUCAGGUGACAAGGAGUCAAGCUUGUGUUCUUCACGAGUAACCAUAGCGACAGUGACGGAAGUAAUUUCAAAGAUGGCGACGUCCAUAAAACUAAAAACUUGAAGUGGCGCCCCAGCCAACGAUCACUGUUGGACGUCAAAUACAGAUAGAUAGAGAGAGAGAUAGAUAGAUCUGGGAAUACAGACUCGACUCCUUUUGCAUGUUCAUACAGACAGAGCUCUAAACAUAACUACGCUGCUGUGUGAACAAGACUUUUUGAGACGCACCUGUAAAGAAAAUAUGGUUGUCAAUCCCAAAUACUGGACCGACUACCGCUGUGUGAUCGUGAGAUGCGCUAGCUGAGGGAAGUCUCAUUAUUAGUAGACUAAAAGUGUUUGAAGAUAGAUUAUUUCGAUUAACUUGAUGAAUCUAUGACAUCUUCUUCAGGGCGUAAAGGUUAAAAAAUGUUUUCUCUAAAACAUUGAAUGUUGCUAUAAAAGUCUCUAGGGAUCUCUAUAGGGACAGUAAGAUUCAGUUACAUUAUCAUUCAUGAAGAAAAAAAAAAAAAAAAAAAAAGGGCAAUCAAUUUGAAUUCAUAUGCUAUUUUACAUUCUCAGCCUUAAGAAAAAAUGACCAGUUGUCUACCGGUUACGGUUUAAUGUUCAGUGAAUGUCAGCCUGUCGACUCGUGUUGUUUUCCACUGCUGAUGUAAUUUGACAUCUGUCAAUGCAUGAUGUCACCGCAUUCCUAUCAUGUCAAUCAUUUACGGCCGCAGUUUCUCACAGCUGUCCGCUCAUCAAUAUGAUCCAGACCAGCGGGGCAACAGUUUCCAGAGGAAGUGAACACGAGGCCCUCAAAUCAAGCCCAAGGCUGAUAACUAGUUUAAGCAACUUAAAAUAGACUGUUUACCCAAUAUCCAUCUGCGUUUUCUGUUCACCUGUUAGCUUAGCAACAUGCUAACAGUCCACUGUAAUCAGCGUAGAGCUCCACUGGUGACGUUCCUUAUUAGAUGCUGCUUUCAGAAGUCCACACAAACCUAUCUGUGUGCUUUAUGAUUUAUACGAUGAUUAGAUGACUCUUGAUGGUCAUUAUCUGUUAAAACGGGACACUCAGUGCUGGUGCCAUAAACAGACCCUAAACAUAAUCCUGUGCCGUUCCCUCGAGACCUUUAGUUAAACAUUAUGAGACAUUAUGUUAUUUUAUUAUGAUUUAUUGCAGGGAGGGUGUAACUGGAUGUCUAACACACAUGUGCUUAACGACUCAGCAAAUCAUCUGAAGACAAACACAGCCCGUUAUUAAAAACGCUCGAUACGCAGGCUAUACCGAUGUGAAGCUGCUGAUUUUCUGCUCUACUGGCUCCAUUGCACCUCUGCUCAGUUUAUGUUUUGUGCUGUAAGUUCACUCUUCUAGCAUCUUAAGAAGGAAAAGGAGAUCUUCGGGUGCUCUCGGCUGAAUACAGCAGGAGAAUGAAGAGAUUCAGUGGAGUUGGACCUGACAGGCCCGAAAACCUUGAGCUUGAACUGACCGAUGGAGUCUCUUGUCAGUCGGUGAAGCCAUCCAUUGCUUCUCCAGUGUCUGUGGCAUCGGUUAAAGAUGUGGGGAGGUCAGUCGCUCACCUGGCAUCCUAUGCCCGAGGACGCUGGAAACAUGCUGCCCGCAAGUCCGUCAGGAAGAAACCCACAGAGGAAUAUGUAGGGAGCAAAUACAAGGGUCUUGCAACGGAUGAAGACACGGUAGAUGGACAGAAGAAGACGGAGAUCCAGCUGAAUCGAAGGCUUCUGGAUCACUUUCGAGAUCUGGCGGACAGCAAUAAAGACACAGAUGAGGUGGACCUGCAGUUUUUGAAUGACGUCCUCACGAACGGAGCUGACCCGAACUCAGCAGAUAAAUAUGGGCAAACGGCCCUCCACGAGAUAUCUCGGGCAUGGAACGUGGACGUCAUGCGGUUUUUCCUAGAAAGAGGGGCCGAUUUUCAGAGGGCCGAUGCUUUCGGAGUGACUCCUCUUCAUGUAGCCGCUGCUCUGGAUUAUGAGGAGAUGAUGCUGUUCCUGUUAGAAAGACAAGCUGACAUCGAAGCUUGCACGUAUAAAGACAAGCAGACCCCCCUGCACUUUGCUGCCAAGAACGACGCUGUCGGGGCGGUCAGGAUCUUACUGCAGAACGGGGCGGACAUUGCUGUACGAGACUACAAAGAGAGAACACCUCUACAGCUGGCUGCUAACUUCGAUCGGAGCGAGGCAGCGCGUCUGCUGCUGAGGUUUGGAGCAGAUGCCGGGGUUCAGGACUCUGAUGGACAGCUCUGCAUUACUGCCAUGAUUGCUAAAAUGACCCCCGUGGCUGAUCUGGCGAUGAAUCAGUUCCACAUGAAAGACCGAAUGGCCCGGCAGCAGUUCUUCUACCUUCAUCUGAUGGAGCCCAAGCCUGCUGACAGGACAAACCCCAAAGCUUCUGAUCCAUCAUCACCGCUGGAGUUUAUAGUCAGUCAGGGUAAACUGGAUCUCGUCAUGCACCCUGUAGUGCUCAAACUCAUCACGGUCAAAUGGAACUUAUAUGGCAGAAAGGGCGCCUGGAUACUCCUGCUUCUCAACUUCCUAUUUAUCGUGUCCUGGACAACAGUGGCCAUAUCUGUGUCAGUACGCCCGGAUGGAGAUCGGUACAAUCUUCCUCAGGACUGGUGGCGUGUGUUGCUGGUGGUUUUGGCUCUAGCUCUGACCGUGACUGAGGUGUACAGGGAGGUGAUGGAGAUUGUGAGGUCUAGGAGGAAACUGAGGCACUGGCAGCGCUGGACUGUGAGGAAAGUCAACGAGGACUUGGGCUGCUCUCACCCUAUGUGGCCCGAGGAACGCAAAUACUUGGAAGACCAAAUAAAGUAUAUUCGAAACCUGAAAGGAUCCUACUCUCAAGACUCCUGGAAUAUCUUUGAUUGGCUGGUCUAUUCGCUGCUGCUGGCCGUUCUGGGCAUCCACUUGGCAGAUAUAUUCCUAGUGUCUGAGUCACUUCGACAGAACAGUCUUCGCCUCUUCGCCGUGUCCAUUAUUUUCCUGUGGCUAAGGCUGAUGAAGCAUGUCCGAGCCUUUAGGGCGAUGGGGCCCUUCAUUGUCAUGCUGGGGAAGAUCGCAGGAGAUGUGCUGCGUUUCUUUUUCUCUAUAUAGAGAUCUUCAUCCCGUAUGCCUGUGCUUUCUGGAUCAUAUUUGGAGGAUUAGCUCAGGUGCCGAGCAUGGAGACGGUUCCUGUUCUGCUGUACAGCCUGUACCGCAUCACGCUGGUGGACGAGUAUGAGUUUGAUGCCAUGCUGGAUGUGGAUGCGGUGAUGGCCUGCCUGCUGUGUGGGGCGUUCCUGGCCCUGUCUG